UCUCUUCUAGCGACUGAUGACUUUGACGACACGCUGGUGUUGAAGAGCGCAGCUCAGGUGCCGAGGGGCUGAACGGAGCUGAGCAGAGACUCAGAGCUCACGAACCGCUGCCAAUGCGCCCGUCUGUCUGCUCGUAUUGAAUCCGGUCCGUGUGUCGUGAGCUCACCUGCGCUCGGGGUUCACCCCGCCAAAGCGUUUCCAACAUGCCGGUCCGUACCGAGUGCUGCCCCUGCUCGCCUGCGGCCUGCGGAGCCUCGGCCUCUCUGGUGCCGCCGCCGCCGAUCAACACGCAGCAACCCGGCGUGGCCACCUCCCUUCUGUACAGCGGCUCUCAGUUUCGGGGCCACCAGAAGAGCAAAGGCAACUCGUACGACGUCGAAGUAGUGCUGCAGCAUGUGACCAUGGAGGACUCGUACUUGUGCGGAUACCUCAAGAUCAAAGGUCUGACCGAGGAAUAUCCCACCCUCACCACGUUCUUUGCUGGAGAGAUUAUCAGUCAGAAACGGCCUUUUCUAACCAGGAAAUGGGAUGCAGAUGAGGAUGUUGACCGCAAACACUGGGGGAAAUUUCAGGCAUUUUAUCAGUAUGCCAAAAGCUUUAAUUCUGAUGACUUUGACUAUGAAGAACUCAAGAAUAGUGACUUUGUCUUCAUGCGAUGGAAGGAGCAGUUCUUGGUCCCUGACCACACAAUCAAAGACAUUAGUGGUGCUUCCUUCGCUGGCUUCUACUACAUCUGCUUCCAGAAGUCCACAGCCACCAUCGAGGGCUUCUACUACCACAGAAGCUCUGAAUGGUACCAGUCCCUAAAUCUUACCCAUGUUCCUGAACACAGCGCGCCCAUCUAUGAGUUCCGGUGACACUAGAGCCCUCUCUUGGCUGAAAGAGGGUGAAACUACAGCAGACGGGGGAAAAUCAUUGGUGUCGAGGGAAUGACAAACUGUCUAAUCAUGCCAAGGACUCAGCCAUUUUCUCUCUUUACUAAGAGGAUGACAAAGAUGGACACACGGAUGGAUGGAUGGAUGGAUGGAUGAAUGGAUGCAGAACUCAUUCAAAUGAGCAAGUCUUCACAAGCAACAAGUGGAUCAUUGUGGUGGAUUUGGGGAUUUGCAACAGUGUUUUUUGUUUUUUUUUCCUUCUUCAUUACUUUCAUAUUGUUUCCACGUUUUUAAAGCUUCUGUCCUCCUGCCAUUCUGGACAUCAUUUUUACUUUUUAGCCUGUGUUUUGGGAUUAAAGUUACUCUUAUUUUUCUUCUUGAUGGAGAAGCUAAUCAUAGAAGUGUUGCAUUUUGAUUUCUUGGCCGUGUCAUUGGAAAAUUGGGCUGGACAAAUUCAGGUCAGCUCAUGCAGGUAACCGGAAAUUUCUUUUAAGUUAUUGCAUUAUUAUUAUUUUUUUAAAAAUAAGUCUAUAUAAAAAGCAGCAGGGCCUCUUUGAGGGAGAGAGAGAGAGCAUAAUGGUGUUUAAGGUUAAAGGCAGUAUGAGCUGCAGCGCAGCACUGUAUGCAUGGGGUCUGUGGAGACCUCCCUUAAGUGACAUGGCCAAUAGUCAAUUAAGAAUUGAUAGUUACUUACAUAGUAUGAGAGUCUCACAAUAGAUCAUCCAGCAUCCCCUCCUAGUUUUAAGAAUCACUGCUUGCAUUUAAAGUUCCAAACAAAGUAGCUGGGUCCCUUCUGUUUGUUAGUGUGAUUACAUACAUAUAAUAUAUAUAUUUUGUAAUGAAAUUGAAUCAGAUGUCUUCGAAAGAGGUAUUUUAUAUCCCACAGUGGUAAAGUUGUAGGCUGCUUUGGGUUUUUAGGUUUUUUUUGUUUUUGUUUUUUUUUUUCUCUCCUUUUGGUAGGGGGUGUUCAGCUUUGGAGAAAAGCAAAAUUGACAAUACUUGUAAUGCUCCGUUGUGCUAUGCAAUGUUAAAGAAAAUCUCAGCUUGUAAGCAUUCAGUGCAUCUUAGGCCAUCACACAUUGUUUGAAAAUGUUCUCACCAGUAGUAUUUUUCACUUAACUAAUCACAACCAGAAGAGUAUUGGUUGGUAUGCACUUUGGCAUUCAUUGGCAUAUCAGUUUUGGAUUGGAUGGGCUGGACCAUGUCUAUAUUUUUAACAGGCCUUGGAAAUAUCCUGGAUUGUCUCUUUCUUCGCCCCUUUUCUACAUUUGGAGUUAAAGCUGAAAAGGACUGGCAGGCGAACAAA